AUUAUCCACCGGGAUACUAGCAAAAGCAACAUUAUGUGGCGCCGGACCAUCGAUGGUCAUCUACGCGGGGUCCUUAACGAUUUCGAUUUCUCCUCCUUCCGAGAUGACACUGCUUCCUUGCUUCAGCGUGUCAGCACUCGACCUUACAUGGUGUAUUUACUCUUCGAAAACGAGUAUGUCGAGGAUCCACCGCCUACUAAACACCUUUAUCGCCACGAUGUGGAAUCCAUUUUCUAUGUCAUCCUUCUACUUUGUUGUCAUUACCAGCUCGACAUUACACAGGAAUCUUCCGAAUGUGCGAUUCCAGUACGCACAAAGGUCGAUUCCAAGUUCGACGAAUAG